UCCCCCAGACACACAAAGUUACUUUGCAGCCCGGCAUGGGGAGGCCUGGCGCAGCCCUGACUGGGGGGUACUGAGCCGAGGGGAUCUGGGGGGACACUGGGGGGGUGCCUAUCGGAUUUACCCUGCAAACUCUCAGCCCCGGCACUGCCGCAUUCCCCGCCGCAACCAAUCAGGCUGAUCUGCCGGGCGGCGCAAUCGCAGCGCAGGGAUAAAGGGGCCGGGCGGGCCGCUACCUAUUGACCUAUCCCCCCAGCCGUACCGACCGGACCUGCUAGCGGGCCGCCUGCCUACUGAUUCAGCCGAGUCGGAGCUGCUGCACUGCGGUAGAAAACCCUGCUCUGUCACUUUUAGAAGUCGAUGCCGGGCCACUUCCCUGGGACUGAGUGCUGACCCCUGCUCCUCAUGUUUCUCCGGCCAGAACCGGAAUUGGGCUGGCUGCCUACCCAUGUUCAGGUGACCAUUUUGCAGGCGCGGGGGCUGAGAGCCAAGGGCAAACAUGGCACCAGUGAUGCCUACACCUUGAUCCAGAUAGGCCGGGAGAAGUACAGUACAUCGGUGGUAGAGAAGAGCCCGGGCUCCCCAGAAUGGAAGGAGGAAUGUUCUUUCGAGCUGGCCCCCGGGGCCUUGGAAAGGGCAGAGAACUGCGAGCUUCAGCUGACAGUCAUGCACCGGGCACUUAUUGGUAUGGACCAAUUCCUGGGGCAGGUCACCAUCCCUCUGCAGCAUGUCUACCAGGAAGGGCGCUCCCAGAGGAACCAGUGGUACAAACUUCGCUCCAAGCCAGGCAAGAAGGAGAAGGAGAGGGGCGAAAUCCAAGUCUCCAUUCAGUUCACGCGGAACAACCUGACGGCCAGCAUGUUUGACCUGUCCAUUAAGGACAAGCCCAAGACCCCCUUUGGGAAGCUGAAGGACAAAAUGAAAGUCAAGAAACUGUUUGACAUGGAGUCUUCCUCGGCCAUCGUCCCGAGCAGCGUUGGCCGCCUGGACAGUGAUGAUGAGGAUGAAAAGAAGCCCAAAUCCAAAGCAGCCUUAUUCCUCAAGGGACGUCUCCGCAAGAACUCACUCACCAGAUCCAACACCUCUUUGGGAUCAGACAGCACCAUCUCCUCCACCAGCGGAACGGUGGCCAACAAUGCUGGGAUCUCUAUUGUGCUUCCAGACCCAGGCAAGAAACCCGCAUCCAGGAAUAGCAGUCUCUCUGUAGAGCCUUCUGCACAAAGCAGUGAGGCCUCCCCACGCAUGACGCACAAGAGAGCCUUCAGCGACGAGGUCAGCCAGUUGAGUAUAUUUCCUGAACCCAAGGUUGUGCAGAACCUCAAGCCAAAGGGCAGUCCUAUCUCCAAAUCGUCUGUUUGCAUCAAUGGGAGCCAUGUCUACACAGAAACACCCCUACCCAAACCCCUGCCAAGUCCUCUGGAAAAACUUCCACCUGUGUCCAGGUCAUUUCAAAACAUUUCCAAGAAAGCAGAGGAGAGCAGUAUUCCUGGUGCAGCCACUGGGCAGCUUCAUAGCCUCGACAAGCAAGAGAAAAAGCCAAUAGCUUCUCCCACACCUGCCCAGGAAGAGGUCAAGGUCCCAGCAAAGUCAAAGAAUGAUGAGAUCCAUAAGGAGAGCAAACCGGUGCAGAUAACUUCACCAAUGGUGUUUAGUGAGGAGCCACCCAAGGUAAAAGCUCAGGAUGGGGCUGGGAAAGAGGAGAAGAAGCCGAAGGCCAACCUGUUUCACCAUGACUCUGGCACCAAGAUCCACGUAGAGCCAGCCCAUCAGACAUCUGUGGCUAGUGAGGAGAAGGCCAAGCCUGGCAGUUGGUUUGGCUCUAAAGACCCAAAGGAGACCCCACAGAAGCCAAGUUUCCCCUCUGGGUCUAUUGCUACCUCAGAAGCUGCUGAAAGGGGCUCUUCUCUUGUGGAGGAACACAGUCCAUUGGCCUUUUCCCCAGCUCCAGAGGUCCACAAGAAGCCUCUACACCAAGAGAAAAGUGCCUCUCGGAAUAAUUUGGCAGAACCUCAUGAAGUCUCCCUUGCAUCAAGAAACCCUUACAGAUCUCCUGUGAAUACUGCAGAACUGGAGGAAGAGUUUGAUGCCUUUGCUUCUAGUCGGCUUCAGCCUGCCAUUGAAAAUCCAACACCAACAGAGGCAAAUAGAAAAAGCCAUCUUGAUAAUGAUGGUGAUCUGUCAUGUCCCGGACACUAUAUCCAGAGCAUAAAUAUCCAGAUUAGUAACGCUGCUCAAAAAUCUGACCGAACUGUAGGUGUUCUUCCUAGGCUACUCACAAGUACAAGGCCAGAAGUGAAAGCUAUAACUAAAGAUGAGCUUUUUCCUGCAAGCCUUCAGUCCAGUGAUCACAAGCUGCACAUUUCACCUGCGGAGUCUGCAAGAAUCCAACCAAAGGAAGAACAAUGCUCUUUAACAUCAGAUCAAGGCAAAGCGUGGUCACUCCCAGACAAGUGGAAAACAGGAGAUGGAAAUUGGUGGCAUUCUAAUGAGCAUUCGGCAGCAAAAGAGGUCUCAGACAUGUAUAGGGGUUACAAUCCUGAACUCAACCAAUAUAAACCGUUGCCUGAGAGCAUUUCUAGUAGGUUACCUUCUGAAUCUGAUAAAGAUGGCUAUUCCCAGAUACAUGAAACCGAGCACAAGAUCGCUACAGUCUCACCUCUGAUUCUAGAAGAACAUGCCAUCACUAGGUUCACUGAUCUUCAUAAAACUCCAUUGCCUAAUCCGGUCCCUCAAUCCAAAAGCAGGCACUCCUUGAGUAUAAUUCCGGAAGAUGAAACCACAGACCAAGUGGGUCAUCACAGUAGCACGAGCUUUGCUGGAGACUUGCACAUCUCAACAGAAUUCAAAGAGGGAGCUACUUACACUGACCAUAAUUCUAAUAGUGUCUUCACUGUAUCUGGCCAAGAGACUCUACCAAUAUCAGGGUCUGGAGAGAGUAAAGAGUUUAUUGAGCCAGAAACUAAGUUGCUUGAUAUAAGCACUGACCUCGAAUCUGCUAGGCCGUCCAAGCCCCCACAGCAGGUGUUGCCACAGGAAAAGACUAAUGAUGAAAACCACAAACAAUUACAAAAUAAAGACAAUGAUGUUAGCAGAACAAGCCUAAAAUUAAGCGAGAAUGAAACUGUGCCCAAUCAUAUUGUGCCACCAGUCUCCUUUUAUCCUGUAAUUGAGAUAAAAAGCCCAAUGCAGUCUCCUGCUAUUCAGGAUGAAAAGGCCAUCUCAGAAGGUCACUGUAUGAGUGCAAGAGAAGACGAUAGGCAAAAGCUGGGCGUCUCCACUGGGGACUCAACUGUGCCUGAGCAGUUCCAAACUUGUCCAUCGAAAGUCUCCCUUGAUACACUGGACAUUUCUGAUAUGGGCGAAAGCCCAAAUAAAUUAGAUGUUAUAAACCCCACUUCAAGCAAUGACUUAACUAGUGCUCAUCAAUCUAAACCUUUCAUAAGCCAUGGUAGCACCACACAGGAGAACAAUGACUUUCAUUUCCGAAAACCCAUUUCUGUUUCCCUCUCCAAGAGUCAAAGAAAUGUUGUCUGUGAGCCAGAAACUAAUUCCACUAGAAGAACUGACCAGUCCAGUUUGCUCUUUUUGUCUGCUGUAGAGGAGCAGCUCCCCAAUAAUACAUUUGAUCUACCUAAAAUUAAACCGGAAGCACUGGUGGCAUCUCCGGCACCAGUAACACCACAGCCAGAAGGGAGCUUGCAUGCCAAAGCGGGUUUAACUGAAGGAUUGCAAAUUUAUGAGGCUGGAUUGGACAGUCCGUUAAAGAACAAGUUUGUAGACUGUAAAUAUGAGACUGGUGCAAAGGAAUUAAACAAUGACCUACAAUCUGAUCUUCUUUUAAGCGAGCAGUCUACUUGGUCAGGAGAUGUAAUUGUUGACUUUAAGAAUGAGGAUUUCUGGAGGUCUGAGGCAGACCUCAAAGAAGGUUUGGAUACCAAAAGCGUUCCUUCACCAGGAAACCCAUUUACACCAACAGAUAAAACACCAGUCCUAAGCAACAAGAACCCUUUUGCAGACUGCUCACUAAGUCAUAGUUCUGAGGCUUCACUGCCAGAGAACGCAAGCUUCAAGGACCUUCAUGCACAAAUGGCACUUAACGAUUCCUCGCGCUCCACCGUCCCUGCCAAUAUGAAACCCUCUUUUCUGCAUGGCGGUCCACCACUGGCCUUCUCCACACCUUCCUUUGUAGCUGUACCGAACCCUAAGUUAUCCAAUUUCCCCUCUCCGAUUAUGCCUUCUGCAACCUCUGCGGUCAAUACUACGACCACAACAAACACCCAAUCUCCAGCCCUGUCCUCCGCUUCCAGUGGGGUGAAAGCAUCUGGCCUUUCGGUACUGCCCCAGGAGACACAGCCAGCUGAGAAUCCCUUUAUGCCAGUGAAAACCAGCCCGCACCCCGUGAAACCAAUCAGCGCCACUUUGUCUGAUUCGGAGAAGAAGACGCACAAACCAGGCCUGACCACGGCGCUGAGCAGCGGCCUGGAGAUGCUGAAAUCGGUCACUAGUGGGCAGCACACCGCGCCUAAGAAGCAGGAAGUGGACAGACUCAAGGAUUUCUCCUCACCGGACCUGGCCGCCAAGUAUUACCACCUGACUCACGACGAGCUGAUCUCGUUGCUGUUACAGCGCGAGGCUGAACUGGGUCGGAAGCAGAAUCACGUGCAGGAACUGGAGAAUUACAUUGACCAGCUGCUGGUGCGCAUCAUGGAUCAGGCACCCACCCUGCUCCAGGUCCCGCUGGAAUGUAAGAAGGACCACAAAUGAGCCUUCCCUUGAGGGGCACACUGGGGAUUUAACUGGAUGUAGGUUCAUGCUUUAUAAUCAAUAGCCAAUCAGAAUGCAGUGUGGCUGCGGAGUUAGUGCUGUAACAUACUCUGUCGGUCAAUCAACCACCACCCACAAGGUCUAUAUAGACUAGUUACCUUCUUCUGCCUUGCUAUCAGUCUGGAUCUUCUCCAAUAUAUUUCUGCUUUCAGGUAAACUCAAAAUUCCCAGCAGCCUCAGUCAGCCCAUAUCCAGCUAAGGAUGCUGGGAGGUGCCGUUUAUUGGUGGGAAUUUCCCUUUAUACACUCCAUAAGGUGUAAAUACAUGCAUUUAUUCACAGGGAUGGGAGCUGAUCUAUUGCUUGCUUUGGGUGAGGCAUUCUCUGUAGAUUUUAGCAACACAGUGCUGUCCCUUUAUAGCCACUAAGUGGGAAUGUUGUCCUAAAAAUCUCAAAACCUCAUCUAAUCCCACAAUAUGGCAGCUCCCAUGCAUAGGUACAUGUGAAUCUCUAGACAUGAAAGUUUCACAUCAAUAAUAACCUAUGGCUUUGUGUCUUACCGUUUUAAAGGGAAACUAAACGUAAUUUAACCUUCACAGGGUAUAUUCCCCUAAUAUAUAGGCUAAAUAUCACUCUUAUACCUGUGAUAGCCAUUUACUAGGAGCCAGGGUAUCUCCCCAUGCUCUUUUGGAUACACAACCUGUAUGGUGGAGAGGCUGGUAAGGCCCAGAUUACUGUGAGCCACACAGUCACCUUUCUAGUGAUGGACAGCAAGAUAACGGCAGUGUCACAACCUCAUUCAUCACCUGGCAGUACCCAGUGUGUGGCUUUACUGCUUUUUCCCUUUGGUAUCAGAUGGAUUGUCAAAUGGAUUUGCAACAGCACAAUAUGUAUAUUUUGGUUAUUCUAGCUAUAUCCGUGGGGGAAUCCCUCAUGCAGAGAAUGAACUUGCAAGCAUGUGCCAAAGACAGGACUGCCCAGCAUGCUCUGGCUGGUGGGGAGAGAGGAGCAGCACUUAACAGAGCACAUUUCCCUCCCACAUUGUGAGUGCAGGAGCAGUGCUUACCGGCUUAAAGUUCCCUGCAAGAUUGUGAUUGCAGGAGCAGUGCUUACCGGCUUACAGUUCCCUGCAAGAUUGUGAUUGCAGGAGCAGUGCUUACCGGUUUACAGUUCCCUGCAAGAUUCUGAUUGCAGGAGCAGUGCUUACCGGCUUACAGUUCCCUGCAAGAUUGCAACACUGAAGAUUCUAGUAAUGUUCCGUUGAAUACAAUCCCUGGCACUACCAAAUAUCCCAGUAUACAAGCUUUAUACCCAAUCACAAACCAAUGGGACUCCUGGAAGUGUCUCCCUUCAGUAUAUGGAAAGGGUUUUUGGUUCUUUUUUCAGAGGGGAAUCAUUUCAAUGUGCAUGCUGCUUACAGGGGACUGACAAUCUCAAGCGCGUCGCUUUCAAAAUCCACGUGCCUUUUUUUCUGUUUUAUACCGAUUUUACUUGCCUGUAUAUGAGAGUGCGCUGCCUAUGCUUAUAUAUAAAAUAUCUAUAGUCAUUAUUUACAGCUACAAGGCCUGGCAUCAUUUUACAAGAUAUUUUGAAUAUUAGAAAUAUAAGGUGGCAUGCCUGUUUUUUGAGAAAAAAGGUGUAAAUGGACAUUAGAAAAUGCUUAUUCUCAUAGAUGUGUCUCUGUGUCCCCAGGGUCUGCUGAGUUGUUGAGCUGAGAGUUCCGGCAGUUGAUCAGCCUAUGGAAAAUCAUUGCAGCUCUGUGAUACGAAUGUUAGUACUUAAAGGGGAAGUAAGACUCAGAAAUGGGAAAGUCUUAUGGCAUGGGGCUGCUGUAGCUCAUUCCACAGUCUUCAGCUGUAUCUGUGUUAUGUUGGCACUACUUGUCCCUGCGGAACCGAAUGGCACGUGUGAUAUGCCAGAGGCUUGGAGGCAAAUGUCUGCACUGGUGUACAGCAGCCCUAGUCCACAAAACGAAUACACAGCUGCCUUCUUUCUGGGCUUUGCUUUCCCUUUUUAUCUCCUGUGCUUUCCCAGGUUGUCUGUCUCGUUAGGAUUCCUAUUAAGCUUUGAUAUAGAAAAGGACUGUUUAGACACUGAAUAAUAAUAAUAUUCAAGCACUUGCAAUAAUGCUGUGUUAGAGAAAGUCAUGACACGUCUGACACUAACAACCUUGCGUUGGUUGAUAUCGGUGUUUGUUUAGGCUGAGAGUGUUUGGUGGAUGUUCAACGUGGUUCUAGAUGGCUCUACACUGCAACUCAUGUUAAUCUUAGUCUUCCAUAGAACCUUAGAUCUGCUGCUGCUGCUGGUCCCUUUGUGUAGCAUAAAGCUCAGUCCCAAGACCUAUUGUGUCAUAUACCCCAUUAUCACUUGGGUUUCAUUCCGUAUCCUCAGUAUUUGUCUGGAUUCUCAGGUUCCAAGUUACAUCUGUGGCCGUACAGUGUUGUGCCCCUUCCCUAACAGCAUUCUCUGUAUUUUCUGCACUCCUGCAAAGGUCUGUUCUUAACCAGUAACACUAAUAAUUAUCUGUUCUUAACCAGUUACGCUCCUACAUACAGUGUCUGUUCUUAACCAGUUACGCUCCUACAUACAGUGUCUGUUCUUAACCAGUUACGCACCUACAUACAGUGUCUGUUCCUAACCAGUUACGCUCCUACAUACAGUAUCUGUUCCUAACCAGUUACGCUCCUACAUACAGUGUCUGUUCUUAACCAGUUACGCUCCUACAUACAGUGUCUGUUCUUAACCAGUUACGCUCCUACAUACAGUGUCUGUUCUUAACCAGUUACGCUCCUACAUACAGUGUCUGUUCUUAACCAGUUACACUGCUAGAAUUGCCCAUCUUUACUGAGUUAGGCUCUAAACAUUCGGACCCGCUGGGUUCACUUGCCCUUGAGUCAGUAUUAUGGGAGCUCAGGCAUCAGUUUAUGUGCCUGGGAGUAUUUAGAUGUACACAGUUGCCCUGAGACAUAUGGUUUUUAAUAAAUCAUCUCUGUGCUAUAAUAUAGUCUCACCUCACGUUUGAUUGGGAAGAUUAGGAUCCUGUUAAUGAUCCAAGCUAGGGAUGCUCUUUAAAGUUCUAAGAGGCCUGUGCCCAGUGUUGUCUCUCACAGUUCAAGCAUCCGUUGGCCACAUAGUGUUAUUGCCCCUGCCCUCUGUGUGCAUCACCGUGAUGCCUUUAUUCUAGUAUCUGUACCUCCUCUGCAUCCAUUGCCUCAAUAACCCCCUCUCUCAACACACGUUGCCUAAAGCCGCCCUGUUGAACCCUUGGGCAUUGGGCACAGAUGGGUCACUUGUCCCUUGGGCUCAACCAAAACACUCAGGUUUAAAGGCACACAGGGUCAUAGGCCUGAAAUGGCUCUUAUCAACAUCAGUUUGUUCUAUAGAGGCCCCAGGUAGCCAUUGUUGCCCAAGCAGCCCCCGCACUGUUGGUUGGUUUAUUGCCUGCGUUGCUAACAGCCGCCUCGUUCCAUAUUUGAUAGCAGCCCAUCAGUAUUAAAUGUAGAGUAUGCAGCGAGCAAAACCCACAUUUGCCUUGUCUGGUCAGGUUUCCUCCAUGAAGGGGUUCCUCUUGGCCAGUUAUAGGCUCAUCUGUCUGUUCAGCCUGCAUUCUCCACUCCUUGCCGCUUCCUAUCAAACCUCUGCACUGUGCGAUCCAGUAUAGACACCCUAUAUAAUGGCACCCCCCCCCGUAAUACCGUGCCCCCCCCCACAAGGUUUAAAUAUAUAUGCUACUUUUAUAUAAGAAAGUUAGAAGGUUUUAGUUAAUCUUGACCACGCUUACGUGGGAGAGUCUGUUAUUCUCCUGUUUUGUGUUACGUCCUGUUAUAUACGACUUUACUGAAUAUAUAUAUAUUUUAUAUGGAAUCUUGCUAAUGUUUAUUAAGAGCUCCUGGUAUAUGUUUUAAAGCACUUUAAGGAAAAUAAAGUAUAAUAAAUGCC